AACCGUCAAUUGUCACAACGAAGAAGAAGCAGCAGCAGCAGAAUAAUAAUAAGCCGAAGAAGACAAUAUUAGUGACUUAUGUUAAAACUAGUUUUCUUUAAACGCGCCAGUGAUUAAAUCUCUCUGCGUCAUGUUGUCACGCCGACUAUGGACGAAGUGAACGUUGUCUCUCUUGCUGUUGGAGGAUGUGUGGACGCCUGCUGCCUGCUGCUCGACCUGGUCGUCAGGACGUUCAGCUGGCUGUGUCGCUUCCUGUCCGGCGCGGGCGCUUCCCUCCACAACACGCUGGUCGUCCUGAGCGGCUCCUCUCUGGUCGAAUGCUGGAACUUUGCUCUUUUCUCCUUCCUCGCCGCCACUGAGGCCGUCUCCAGCGCCGCCUGCGGAGCGCUGCAGGUUGUGGAGGGCUGGCUGCAGACGCUGGGAGGAGUGUUUGAGAGUUUCAAGAUGGUGGGACACCUCUCCUGUCACGUGGCGUGGCGAGUCAAGGACGUGCUUCACCGUGGGUUUAUUUCAGGGAGCUGCGUCCUGCGACAGACGUGCGAAGGCCUCUGCAUCGCGCUCAGCCUCGUUCUCUACUUUGUCAACACGGUGGUCAACAUCGUCCUCAUCGGCACGCAGAACUGUCUGUCUGUGAAGAAAUAAUAUAGCUUUUAUAAUUAAUAUCAAAUAGAACUGCAAGUGGGGAUAAAUGUAAAACUAUGUGCAAUUAAAAUUAGGCUGUCGACCAAUGAAUGAAAGUCACAGCAUUUAGCAGAGGCAGUGCAGAUGGAGGAAACUAUCUGUUGUCCUCCCUGCCUUUACUGAGAGCUGUUGUACAGUCUGAUGGGGGACAAAAGAGUUUUUGAGUCUGUGGGUGGAGCUGGACUGGGACAGCAGUUUGUCCAGGGUCCUUCUCUCUGCCACUGUCACCAGAGAGUCCAGCUCUGUGUCCACCACUGAGCCAGCUGUCCUCACCGGUCUGUCCAGUCGACCGGCGUCUCUCCUCUUGCUGCUUCCUCCCCAGCAAACCACAGCAUAAAAGAGCAAGCUGGCCACCACAGACUGGUAAAACAUCUGCAGCAGUUUUUUGCAGAUGUUGAAGGAGCCCAGCCUUCUCAGGAAGUACAGCCGGCUCUGCCCUUUCCUGUGUAAAGCGUCCGUAUCUGCUGUCCAGUCCAGCUUGUUGUCCAGCUGCAGCCUCAGAUAUUUAUAGGUCCUGACCACCUCCACAUCGACCCCCUCGAUGGACACGGGUUGGAGAGUCCACCACCAUCUCCUUGGUCUUGGAGGUGUUCAGCUGCAGACGGUUUCAGACCUUAAAACCACUGUUUUCCUGUAACAGUGUCAAAACUUAGUGGUUUUCUUUUUAAUUAACUUUAUUACAGUAUAUAUAUAUAUAUUAUACAUUACAUAGACAAAGAAAGUGCUUCAGUUAAAACCCGUAAAGUGCAUCCAGCAAACAUUUCUAAAGUGCUUUAGUUUAUAAAGUUCAUACAGAGUUCAGUAUUUAUACGGUGCUGAGUUAUAAAUCCAAAGUGUUUCAUGGGAGGAGAAAGUUUUAGGAUCAAUAAUCAUCUCUCUUCUGUACGUCUCCUCGCCUCCACUGAUCAGUCCGAUGAGCGGGCUGUCGUCUGCGUGCUUUAUAAUGCAGGCGUUGGAGACGUAGUAGUACGAUGUCCGGUCUCCAACUGGAGUCUGUGAGGAAGUUCAUCCAGUUUCAGAGGGAGGGUGUCAGUCCGAGGGUGAGGAGCUGUUCAGAGCCUGGAUGGUGUUUGUUCAAACUAAUGAAGUUAUUUAUUUUAAUGAGGAUGAGACGGCAGCUCCUGGUGGACUCUGGACGGUUUUAAAUGGACUUUAAUGUAAAAUGCUUCCAAAGAACAAAUAACUCAUCAUCAUCAACAGCAAACUGUUACUGACCUUUUAAUUUACUGAUCACUGAUCUGUGUGCAAUAUAUUUCCUUUAUAUGAGCUCAUGAUUGUACUUUUGUUUUCUUUGUUUUUGUUUGUUUAACAUGUAAAAUCUUAAAGAGUGUUAAAAUAUUCACAAAGUUUCUCUUUAUAAUUAAUAAACUGCCUCAUUAAGAUUAUAUGUGCAGGAAACUGUUUGACCACCAGGUGGCGCUGUUUGCUCUGGAGUUUUACUGCUGUGGGUCAGGAGAGAUACGAUCAGAUCACUUUAUUGAUCACACACAGGAUCAAUAAAUAAAUUCACUGACAACAGAAAAAUACACAUUAAAUAAAAAAUACAAGAUAAUAAAAAA